AUGAAGAUAGGCUUCUGGACCUGGAAAAGCAUAAAGCUGAGCAUUGCUAUUCCUUUGAUGUGCUCGCACGUUUCAUCUGCACUGAGAGCAGAGUUGGGCCUUGAUGAAGAGGCGUUUGGUACUGCGGCAGCAAAGAAAUAUGAAACCCUACUGGAGAAAAAGUGGACAAGCAUAGUCCGGUUGCAGAAAAAGAUAAUGGACCUCGAGUCCCGAAACGCAGCAUUGCAAACCGAACUUGCUAAUUUAACACCUACCGCCCUCUCCAAGCGACACCAGGAUCCAGCUUCUUGGCUCCCUAGAUCUGUUCGGCAUUCAUUAGAAUCACACCGAGACACGAUAAACAGUAUCGCAUUUCAUCCAAUAUACUCAUCCCUCGCUUCCUGCUCUGAUGAUUGCACUAUUAAGAUAUGGGAUUGGGAACUGGGCGAACUGGAAAGAACAGUCAAGGGUCACACAAGAGCAGUACUGGAUGUUGAUUAUGGUGGACCAAGAAGUAGUAUUCUUCUAGCAUCCUGCAGCUCUGAUUUGAGCAUUAAACUUUGGGAUCCUGCAGAUGAGUAUAAAAACAUUCGAACUCUACUAGGUCAUGAUCACAGUGUCGGUGCUGUUCGUUUCAUACCCUCUGGAGCUUCCGGAACACUCUCUUCUGGUAAUUUACUUGUCAGCGCUAGUAGGGACGGUACUCUGAGAAUAUGGGAUGUCGUCACUGGGUAUUGUGUGAAGACACUACGUGGCCAUACCGCUUGGGUACGAGACGUCUGCCCAUCAUUUGACGGGCGGUUCCUCCUCUCAGCCGGUGACGAUAUGACGACUCGAUUAUGGAAUAUAUCUGGGUCAAAUUCAGACCAUAAACUGACGAUGCUUGGCCAUGAGCAUGUUAUUGAAUGCUGCGCUCUUGCUCCAUUUGCCUCGUACCAGUACCUUGCGGCCUUGACUGGACUGAAGGCCCCGCCCGCAAGUAGUGCAGCAGAAUUUAUGGCGACUGGAUCGCGAGACAAGACCAUCAAGCUCUGGGAUGCUCAUGGCAGGUGCCUUGGAACACUGAUAGGCCAUGAUAAUUGGGUACGGGCGCUUGCCUUCCACCCCGGCGGCAAAUAUCUUCUCUCAGUGUCGGACGACAAAACGCUACGAUGCUGGGAUCUAAGCCAAGGAGGGAAGUGCGUCAAGACGCUCAAGGAUGCGCAUGAACGCUUUAUAACCUGCCUGAGAUGGGCCCCGGGAAUUUUUAAAAACGUCCCUGGGGUUUCCACCAGAGAUGCUAAUGGUGAAAGCAAUGGGGUACUGAAUACAGGGCUAAAAGGAGAUACUCCUGAUGUGCAAGUCCGUUGCGUUAUCGCCACAGGAGGUGUGGAUAAGAAGUUACAGGUCUUUGCCGACUGA